GCCCAGCUCUGUUGGUUCGAAAUUCUUUAAUGUGAGACAUCUUAUCUGAGCAUGGUGGCCAGUUUGUUGCCAGAGACGUUUGCCAUUGCCAUGUCCGGCUCUGAACUUGGGCCUCGGUACGAGGCGCAGUCGAGCGGUAAUGGCUCCGUGCUGGACAAUGUGCUGCCGGACAUGGCGCACCUGGUCAAUCCCUAUUGGAGUCGCUUCGCCCCCAUGGAUCCAACAAUGAGUAAGAUACUGGGCCUCUUUACGCUGGCCAUCCUGAUCAUCUCUUUGUGCGGUAAUGGCGUCGUUGUCUUCAUCUUUGGCGGCACCAAAUCGCUGCGCACGCCAGCCAAUUUGCUGGUCUUGAAUCUGGCCUUUUCCGAUUUUUGUAUGAUGGCCUCUCAGUCGCCCAUUAUGCUGGUUAAUUUUUACUAUCAGACAUGGAUCUUGGGCCCACUCUGGUGUGAUAUCUAUGCUGUGUGUGGCUCAAUGUUUGGUUGUGUGUCCAUUUGGUCCAUGUGCAUGAUUGCCUUCGAUCGUUACAAUGUGAUUGUGAAGGGCAUCAAUGGCACACCGAUGACCAUAAAGACGUCUAUCAUGAAGAUUAUAUUCAUCUGGCUCAUGGCCACGUUCUGGACAAUAAUGCCGCUGAUCGGCUGGAGCAGCUAUGUUCCCGAGGGCAAUUUGACCGCUUGCAGCAUCGACUAUAUGACCAGGCAAUGGAAUCCACGUUCCUAUCUCAUCACCUACUCCAUAUUCGUCUACUAUGUGCCGCUCUUCUUGAUCUGUUAUUCCUACUGGUUCAUUAUAGCCGCUGUUGCUGCUCAUGAGAAGGCAAUGCGGGAGCAGGCAAAGAAGAUGAAUGUCAAGUCCUUGCGCAGCUCCGAGGACUGUGACAAGAGUGCUGAGGGCAAGCUAGCCAAGGUGGCCCUAACGACCAUUUCUCUUUGGUUUAUGGCCUGGACUCCAUAUCUGGUCAUCUGUUACUUUGGUUUAUUCAAGAUCGAGGGUCUAACACCCCUGACGACCAUUUGGGGUGCCACAUUCGCCAAGACCAGUGCCGUCUAUAAUCCCAUUGUCUAUGGCAUAAGUCAUCCCAAGUAUCGUCUGGUGCUCAAGGAGAAGUGUCCCAUGUGUGUUUGCGGCAACACGGACGAGCCAAAGCCAGAUGCGCCUCCUUCGGACACGGAAACAACUUCAGAGGCGGACUCCAAGGCCUAAACAGGGCAAACAACUUUAAGCAAUUGCCUAGAAGAGGCACAAAAAUUAAUAAAAAAAAUAA